UGUUAUUAUCCGUAAUUGACAUAGUGCUGGUGUUUCUUUUAUUUUGAACUUUAAAGUAGGAUAAUUGCAUUUGAAGGCAUAGGUAAAUAUAACGAACUUUGUUUAUAUAGUUUCCAUUAAGAAACUAACGUUAAAAAACUCCCAUAAAAUAUGAUGUGAACUCCGUCUUGCAGAUAAAGCUGAACUUUGUGAUGAUGGUAUUGCCACCAAGGAAACAAUCUUGGGAGCUUGGCAAAAUGAGAUUCUCUAUUUGUCUCAAGACUGCAUUAAAAGUAUCAUCCUUGACAGUAAGAGGAGGAGCUCAUGUAAACUACUGCAUACAAAACUUUCUUUUUGCCUUGAAGAAGUAAUAUCCCUUUCCAAACUGGCUCAUGAAACUCAAUAGCUUGGACAAAGCAUAAACAAUAAAAUGUUUCUCUUUAUACUAUACAGACAAUGCAUCAAAUGCGUUCAGAUCACUUUUAUGGACUCCAAUAUACAGGUUCAAACUGUUGGAUUGUAUGUGCUGAAAAGCAUUUUCCAAAGGGAACUUGGUGAAAGCGCAAACAUGGAAAAUAAUUCUUUCAUUCUCUUUUUUGCUGGAGAGCUCCUUGGAGAUAUUUUCUCUUUAAUUUGCAAGAUCUGGGAGAAACUCGUGACCAGAGAAUCACUUGUUAUUGCUGGUGAAUGCUUGAGACUUCUGGUUCUCCUGCACGCACUGUCACAAGCAAGUGAAUGUCAGAAAGAUGUUAUGAAUUUACUAUUGGAAGCAAUAAUCAUGGUCGUGUCGGUGUCAACUGAAGCUCAUUCACAGGUAGUGAAAGUUCUUACUACUGUUUAUGUUGAUUUAUUGGGCUUUAAAUUGUUUAUUGGGUUGGGCUCCUGA